UGUGACUAAACAACUGAACUCUGAAAUUAUUUCACUGAAAGUACUGAACGUAGGAGAGGAUGUUUUCCAAACGCUGACACAUCCCGUUAAGCUGUCGUUUUCUCUACAGGAUUCAAACUUGUCUUCAAGACUAGAUCAAAAGUGUGUCUUUCUCAACAUGUCGGCGAGGUCGGCAGACGAUAGAUGGUUAAGGAAGGGAUGUUACAAAAGUUCUGAGGAAAGUAAUGAUACCCACGUGGUUUGUUACUGUACACAUCUGACAAACUUUGCCGUUUUGAUGGACAUUUACGAUGUGGAGGACAAAAUAGAUGAACUUGACUCCAAGAUUUUGACGUACUUUACAUAUGGAGGUGGAGCGUUUUCAGUCUUAGGCUGCUUGAUUUCCAUAAUUGUAUUCGAAUUCUUCAGGUUGAAAAAUGAGAGAAUUCGAAUUCAUGAGCAGCUUGCUAUUACAAUUAUUCUUGUGCAAACCUUCUUCCUUGUUGGAAUAGAUCGCACAGAAAACAAGUAUGUCUGUAUGGCCAUGGCAAUAUGUUUACACUAUUCCUUGGUGGCAAUGUUCUGCUGGAUGCUCGUAGAAGGAGCUCAUCUCUACCUUGUCCUGGUUAAAGUAUUCAAGUCAAGAUCUUACAUGAAGUUAUAUGUUGCUAUUGGAUGGGGGGUACCACUGGUGAUAGUUAGUAUUUCUGCUGGAUUGUUCCACAAUGACUAUGGAGUAGGACCCGUGUGUUGGCUGACAAAGAAGGUGUUAUUAGUGGCAUUUGUUCCAGCGGUCGGCCUCGUCAUUGUUAUCAAUUCUAUUGUCCUUAUCAUCGUUAUGAGAAUAAUGCUCGUUUCAUUGUCAAGGGGAUCUAAAACAUCCUCCGAGGAGCGGUCUUCAAUUAAGACCAGCCUGAAGGCUGCAGCAGUGUUGCUUCCAUUACUCGGUCUCACCUGGACGUUUGGAUUCUUGUCAAUCACGAGCACAGAGACGCUUAUUUUCACAUAUCUGUUUACACUUUUCAAUUCUCUACAGGGUGUCUUCUUUUUUGUUUUCCAUUGCCUGCUAAGCGCUGAUGUUCAAAACGCAUAUGAUCGACACAGUCGACGUAAAAGUCAGAUGCGUAAAACUGAGUCAUCCUUCUCAAAGAAAGGGACGUUGAAAAGGGAUUCAGAAUUCAACUCGUCAAUGUAUACAUCUUCAUACAGCAAAAAUUCAAUUAACACUGCAACAACCGAUGCAUCUUUGAAUCUAGAAAGAAAGAGGUCCAACAGAAUGAGCGAUCAUGUAUCCGAGUCUCGUCAGCCUUCAGUUGACUUUGAAGAUGAUGUAUUCUACGACCACGCUCCAUCGAUUCCAGGGACCGUUUCCAGCCACAUCAGUAGAUCACAUAACAGAAACAGCAUUCAAGACCCCAUACUUCACAACCAUAAUGACCACCGCAUGGAUGAUUAUAGCGGAGAUCGCACGCUAAAUAACAAAAAUAACAGGUCAAAUCGACACGGUUCACAGUCUUCCAACGAAUACGUUUUAUAUUAUGGAAAAAAUAUUGUGGAGCCCAUUGACCUGAACAAAUAUCAAGACUUUGAUAGAAACGAUCUUUAUGAAAAGGUCAGAAAAUGAUUGAUUUCCCUCACUGAAUUUGAACUUCUAUAGCGCAGCUUCCGACAUUGUUGCACAAAUCUGAAACAACACAAAUGUUCUGAACAUGUAAAUCAAUGUUCAAGAAUAUAUAUAAAAAACAACAUAUUCCCUUUCGUUUUAAAAAGUAUCGACGAUUGUAAUUUUAUAUUACUGUAUUUACAGUUUAUCAUUACCACUUAACGGCAAAAAUGUUUUAGCUGUAUUUUAAAUUUUCAAUAAUUCACACGAAUUUGAAACUCAGUAGUGUUAGUGAUUUUUAUAAUU